AUGUCCUUGCUGGGCCUGGGAAUCGAACUCGGGUUUGGUUCCCAGGCUCCAGUAGAAGCUAAGAGUGUGCGCUGUGCCAAAAAGUGGAAGGGCGUUCCAAAAAGGGGGAGGAAGCCAGCUAUCAACAUUAGAACACCAUCCAGGAUAAGGAGCAACAAUGUCAUGAACCGGGUCUUCAACCGUGGGGAACAGCAGAAUCGGGUGCAAAUUCCGGCUUCUGCUGAUCUUGGAGAAAGCAAUGUGGCCAUUAAUGAGGAAAAAGCAGGACCAGCACCUUGCCAACUGAGAUGCGUUGCCAUGGACCACAUCAUGAACAAACAUCCAAUACCUUCAAGAAUGUCAGAGAAACGGACACGUUCUUCCAGCAGUAGUUCCAGGAAAUGUAACAGCGACAGCGCCAGCAUGAAAGAGUGUGCGCUGUGCAAAAAAGCGGAAGGGCGUUCCAAAAAGGGGGAGGAAGCCAGCUAUCAACAUUAUUACACCAUCCAGGAAAAGGAGCAACAAUGUCAUGAACCGGGUCUUCAACCGUGGGGAACAACAGAAGGUUUCCUGCCCCGACUUUUCAAUAAAGUAUUGGAGGAAGAAGUACAGAAUACAAACUUGUUGGAUGCAGAUGGGGCGGCAACAUUACUUCAUGAAAUACGAAGCAUGCCAAACAAAAAGCAAUGCUUCUCAUUCGACGGGGCUGUGGGAACUUUUGCAUUCUAUAGAUGGUUAACCAAUGCAUAUGACAUACACGCAAUUACUGUCAUAGGAAGGUACCUGGAGAACAACAUGAUCAACACUGACAAUUACGCAAAAUUCAGAUUCUGGUUCCAGAAAGUUUUUCGGAAAAGGAAUACAACAUGGAAUGCGUUCAAGACGUGUUUUUCAUAUCAGGACAUGGCUAAUCGACUCUCCUCGACAGCGCUUGAC